AUGGGGGGCAGCCUGCGGGUGGCCGUACUGGGAGCCCCGGGCGUGGGCAAGACGGCCAUCAUCCGUCAGUUCCUGUUCGGUGACUACCCCGAGCGCCACCAGCCAACGGACGGGCCGCGCCUCUACCGGCCCGCGGUGCUGCUCGACGGCGCCGUCUACGACCUGAGCAUCCGCGACGGUGAUGGCGCUGGACCCGGUCAGAGCCCCAGGGGUCUAGAGGAGUGGCCAGACCCUAAGGACUGGAGCUUGCAGGACACGGACGCCUUUGUGCUCGUCUAUGACAUCUGCAGCCCGGACAGCUUCGACUAUGUGAAGGCGCUGCGGCAGCGAAUUGCAGAGACCAGGCCGGCAGGCGCACCUGAGGCACCCAUCCUCGUGGUAGGCAACAAGCGGGACCGGCAACGGCAGCGCUUUGGGCCUCGGCGCGCGCUGGCUGCCCUGGUCCGCAGGGGCUGGCGCUGCGGCUACCUCGAGUGCUCAGCUAAGUACAAUUGGCACGUCCUGCGUCUCUUCCGCGAGUUGCUACGCUGCGCUCUGGUGCGCGCGCGGCCUGCGCACCCAGCCCUGCGCCUGCAGGGGGCGUUGCAUCCGGCACGCUGCAGCCUCAUGUGACCAAAUUGGACUACAACCCUAACAGGGAAGCGGGGCAUUUUGACUGGAACAACCAGAGACCUGGACUAGACCAGUUUGCCCAACUUCUUUCGGACUGGACAGUCUCCUACCUGAUUGGAUGAGGAAAGCUCCCAUCCAGUCUCCUGGGCGAC